UACUAGUCAAAACAUACGCAAAAUAUUGAUAAAUCUGCUUCUUGUACUCAUAUUUUCUUCAUUCAAACAUGAAAAAUAUUUUAUUCAUCGCAAGUAUUAUAAGUGUCAUUACUUGCUGUAACGCCUUCCGCUUCAGUGGACUAGAAUUUUUCGCUCACAUCCUGAACGGGGACUUUCUUGAUUAUAAACCAUUUGGCGGCGGUACUGUGAAAAACGAAGAAACGUCUCAGUCUAUUACUUCUGCCGGCCAGAGUCAAAAUUCGUUCCUGGACUUUAUUACAUUCAAGGAUAAACAGUAUUGUUCCAUAUAUGAGGAGCAAACUUCAGAAGCAGAAGAGCUCAAAACAUCAGAGGGAAAACGGAAAACACUGAAGGUGAAAUGCGUUCCGGCUAAAGGCAAUGGUACACUGCACAUGAUUACAUCCCUCAAAGAAGUUAUUAGCAUAUUGGCCCCGCACGGUAAUUCUACUAAACGGACACAAGCUGGAAAUUGCGUUGUUAUGCUGUUCUACACAAAAACUUGUAUUCAUAGUGCAAUGAUGGCUCCGCAUUAUAAUGCCUUAGCGAGACAUUUUCCUGACCUCAAAAUAGCUGCUAUAGAUGCAUUUAGUUUUCACUCAUUGAAUACUGAAUUCGGAAUAGUCGGACUUCCGACAAUUAUGUUCUUUCACCAGGGGCGUCCCUUAGUUAAGUUUAACGAUACCGAGAUUACGCUUGAAACGCUGGUUAAAUUCGUAACCAAACAUAGUGGAGUAGAACCCGCAUUGCUGGUGAAUCACAAAUCAUCCAUAAACGUGCCACAUUACACAUCUGGCGACUUCAAGGGCCCGUUAUCCAAUAAAGUAGAAAAGCGAACUGACUACUGGCUGUACGUGGCUUGGAUUUUCAUAAUAUUAUGCGGCUGCUAUUAUUUUUCCAAAUCGGCUUUUUACGUUCAGAUGAUUGAAACAAUUAAACUAAUUUGGAGAGAAUCAGAAGCGCACCACCGUAAUUAGACAAUAUUGCACCAUUAGUUGAUAUGUUUGAGCGUUUUAUUUGGCUUAGUCUACAAACAACGUAGAACGUAGUGAAGAAUUGUGAAUUAUCUUAAUAUUAAAAUACUGAAAUUUGCUUCAGAAGGCUAUCAAAACUAUGUAAUUUUGCUGUCCGAGUAGAGAGCUUUGUGAUAUUAGGCAGAUAAGCUUCUACUUCUCACCUUUGGUCUGUCGGCCAGUGUAUUUAAUUAACAUAUCACAUUCAUUAGAUGUUAAUAUAAUUCUGUACCAACUUUUCAA